AUGUCUUCGUUUUCCUUAAUAUCAGAUAUUCCACCCAGGUAUCGUGGUCCAUCAGUCAUCACUUUCCACCCACGCCCUCGUAAUAUUAUUUCCAAAAUGUUGAAAAGAAGAACUUUAAGAGAGGAGAUUCAAGCUUUUUAUGCAAGACAAGUUGAAGGAUCACCUAAUAUACCAGCCUACCUUAGCAAUACAGUGUAUGCACAAUUGAUAAAACAGCAACGCCUAUUAUUCUUGAAGCGAUUAUAUACAACACCAAAAAAGAAUGAUGACGAUUUAGCUCGAAUAAAGAAAACAUACAGUUCGCAUAAUGGACUGAUUUUGCAAAGAGAGCCAGUAGAAGCUGAUCUUGAUGUCAACAUCUUUGAUGGUCAUAGCUUGAUUACCAGUAGUCGUAGUCGCAGCAGCAGCAAUGAGAGCUUCAGUAUUCCUACAGCAGGCAACAGCAGUGGUAGUAGCAGCAGUAGUGAUUCAAAUAUAAAUAAAGCUAUUCCUUCUAGAAGCGAAUAUGCAGCACUAGAGUCAUUACUGCUUCAGGGUUCAUUCAAUUAUGCUUUAGCGACACAAGACUUAAGACUACCGACAGCUUGGGACCCCAAGUCAAAGGGUGACAACAUCGAACUGAGUGGUGAUAAGCUGCAACUUACUUUUAAAGGCACUGGAAAAGACGAUAUAGAAGCAUCAUCUGUUAGAGCUAAUCAUUCAAUGAAAAAACAGUGUGGUAUAUACUACUUUGAAGUUCAAAUUAUCUCAAAGGGCAUCGAUGGUCAUAUCGCAAUUGGUUUUUGUAGAAAAAUCAAUAGCUUGGAUCGCUUACCAGGUUGGGAAGAGCAUUCUUGGGGAUACUAUGGACAGAAUGGGCAUAAAUCUUCUGGUCCUGGUACAGAUAAAUCAUAUGGUCCUCGAUUUACUACAGGGGAUGUCAUUGGCUGUGGUGUUGAUUUCAGAGACAUGUCAGCAUUUUAUACGAAAAAUGGUGUCCAUUUGGGUGUAGCGUUUAAGAAGAUUAAAGAAACAGAUCUUUAUCCAUUCAUUGGCUUCAAGUCACCAGGAGAGAAGGUCAUGGCUAAUUUUGGAUCAAAGCCAUUCAAAUUUGAUAUUAAGCAGCAUAUGUUGAAUGAAAAAAGGGAACUUAUAGAUGGAAUCACUUUGAAACCAUUAGAACCUCAUCGCUCACAGUCAGCUGUCAUCAAUCAUUCUACUGCCAAAAAUUUAGCAGAUAAGCUAGUUUUGGAUUACCUUCGUCAUCAUGGAUACACAAAAUCAGCAACUGCUUUAGAAAAGAAGAUGGCUGCAUUGCAUGGAGGUGCAGAGUGGAUGGAAGAAAAUGAAUCUGUAGAUUUAGAUGCUGCUCAUAGACAAGAAAUUCGGCAAUUAAUUUUUCAAGGCAAUGUGGACAAGGCAAUUGAAAUGUGUAACGAGCAUUAUCCCAAUGUGCUAGAUGAAAAUCCUUGGAUACAGUUCAAGCUGAAGUGUAGAAAGUUUUUAGAAAUGAUCCAAACGGCAGCUAAACAGAGAGAGCAAGUGGGAUCUGUCAAUGUUGAUCAAGAUGAGUAUGAAACGAAUAGUCUAUCUGUGCCAGAAAAUGAAACUACUGGCUCAGGAGCAAAGCGUGAUAAUAAGAUGGCAGAAAUGGUUGCAUAUAAUAAUAAGAAAAAGAAACAAAAAGUGUGCGAGGACAUACAUGAUGAGAUGGAGUCAUUUCGAGAUGUGAUGCAAUAUGGAAAUCAGUUAAAGAAAGAGUAUGAACGACUGGCAGAAGAAGAUCCAGUUAUAAAAGAUGAAUUGAUGAAAACCUUUUCUACCUUGGCUUAUUCGGAUUUAACACAUCCAGCUGUUGCUUAUUUAUAUGAAACACCCUAUAAAGAGAAGCUUGCAUUGGAACUUAACUCUGCUAUUUUAGUAUCUCUCAAUAGAUAUCCCAAUUCAUCCAUCGAACGUAUUUAUCGACAAACAUCAACUGCCAUUGAAGAACUGGUUUUAAGCGGAAAUGCAAAUGCUGCAUUAUUGGAACCUCAACGCGAUUAUUUGAAUUUUCUGAGCUAG